GUCGGAAGUACUUUGAAGUUCUGGGUUGGUGCGUUAAUUCUCCGUAUUUUACCACUUUCAGGUUGGCUGCUGGUUGGCUGAGCAAUAUUAGGGGCAGAGUUUGGAGGAUUUUUCAAGAAAAGCAUUGCUUUUGCUUGGGCUCCUUAGCAGGCGUGACCCAGGAUCACAGCAAUUAUGGCUUCAGAAUUCAUGAUGAAUGUCAAGGAGGAGGUGACCUGUCCUAUCUGUCUGGACCUCAUGGUGGAGCCUGUGAGUGCAGAUUGUGGUCACAGCUUCUGCCGAGCCUGCAUUACACUGAACUAUGAGUCGAGCAAAGACGAAGAGGGUGAGUUCAUCUGCCCUGUGUGCCGAGUGAGUUACCUGUUUGGGGAUCUGAGGCCUAAUCGGCAUGUGGCCAACAUAGUGGAGAGGCUCAAGGAGUUCAAGUCCAGCUCAGGGGAGGAGCAGAAGGUGAAUGUUUGUGCAAAGCAUGGAGAGAAACUCCAGCUCUUCUGUGAGAAGGACAAGGUGGCCAUCUGCUGGCUUUGUGAGCGAUCUCAGGAGCACCGAGGACACCAAACAGCUCUCAUUGAAGAGGCAGCCCAUGAGUACAAGGGGAAGCUCCAGGUGGCUCUGCAAAAGCUGAUGUCAGACAAGAAAGAAAUAGAGAACUGGAAGGACGACCUUCAAAAGGAGAGAACUUCUUGGGAGAAUCAAAUACAGAAAGAUGUAGAAAACGUUCAGACAGAAUUUAGAAGACUAAAAGACAUCCUGGACUCUGAAGAAAAGAAUGAGCUGCAGAAGCUGACGCAAGAGAGGGAAGACAUUCUGAGCAACGUGGCAGAGUCUGAAAGUAAGCAUGCCCAACAGAGCAAGUUGCUAGGAGACCUCAUCUCAGAUGUGGAGCAUCAGCUGCAGUGCUCAGCCAUGGAGAUGCUGCAGGGAGUGGAUGACAUCAUAAAAUGGAGUCAGGCCUUUUCACUGACGAAGCCCAAAGCCAUCCCCAAGAAACGAAGAAGAGUGUUCCGAGCCCCUGAUCUACAAGGCAUGCUGCAAGUGCUUCAAGAGCUCACAGAGGCCCAGCGCUACUGGGUUCAAGUGACGCUGGUUGAGAACAACAAUCCAAACACCGUUAUUUCUGCAGACAAAAGACAAAUAAGAUAUGAAGAACAAACAAGAAAUUUUGCAUCUGGGUGUGAGAACUCUCAUGAUGGUGCCCUGGGCUACCCAUCUAUCCAAUCAGGAAAGCAUUAUUGGGAAGUAGAUGUGUCUGGAAAAGGUGCCUGGGUUCUGGGAUUAAGUGAUGGAAGCUACCUCUUCAAUCCGAUAUUUCAUUCAAAUGCUGAAAGCCGCCUAAAUCCCUUAUUUCGUUUGGGUAUUAACAAUAAUUCACAUUAUCAACCUAAAUAUGGCUUCUGGGUUAUAGGGCUGUGGAACAAGUGCGUGUAUAAUGCUUUUGAGGAGUGUGCCUUCACAGGCAAGCCCAGUGUCUUGACCCUCUCGCUGAUGGUUCCUCCCUGUCGAGUGGGCGUUUUCCUUGACCAUGCAGCCGGCACUCUCUCGUUUUACAAUAUUUCCCACCAUGGGACUCUCAUCUACAGAUUCUGUGCAAAUUCCUUUCCUGAUAAUGUUUUUCCAUAUUUUAAUCCUAGGGGAUGUUCAGUGCCCAUGACAGUAUGCUGGUCAGACUCAUAAAACUUCAUCUGUUUCUGUGGAGGGCCUUUGGCUCUGGUGUGUAUCUUAUUUGCCUGACCUCAUGGGCACAAUUUUACCCAUAAAUAUAUAUGGAGAUAAUUUGCUGUCUCUAGCCUUCCUGUGUGAACAUCUUUCACUGGUAAAUGAAAUAUAUUCAUUUCUUUGGGCCAUAUUCUCUGUUCCUUGGUAUUUUAGGUAAGAAUAGUAAAUCAUUCACCAUAUAUUCAAGGACAAAUAUUUGAGUUUUCUCUAUGGAAGAUAACACUGCUGUCAAAUUCUUCUUUUAUUCUCCAUGCCAGAGAUGGAACCCAAGGCCUCAUGCGUAUUGAGAAGGGGCUCCAUGACUAAUGCUCUUGCCUCAGUUCCCCUCAUGUCUCCAUCCCUCAUUCUACUCCUCAGUGAAAGGAAAAGAAAGGAAGUUCUUCAACAACUUGUCUACUAGUUUUAAGAAUUAUACGUAGGAGUCCAUGGUUAAGAAAUGUACCCUUAGCAAGUAGGCCAUUUUUACCAUGAUUCUUCUUCAUCAAGGAACUAAGGAGAAAACAUCACAGAUGAUAUGCACUGAAAGUCGCCCGUGCGUGCGCUCCCCUAGGCAACAUGUCUACCCAAAGUGGAAUGAUACAGAGAAAAUUAAUAUGGCCCCUGCUGAGGGAUGAUACACACAUUCAUGAAGUGUUCCUUUUUUGUUUUGUUUUUUGUUUUUUUGUGACAAGGUUUGUCUGUGUAGUUCUGGCUGUCUUCAUUUUGUAGAUCAGGCUGGCCUUGAACUCACAGAGGUCUGCCUGCUUCUGCCUC